AUGGCUUCUAAGUCUCCGGCCACCGAGAUUAAACCCGCGAUCAUUGAUGGCGAGGAAAUAGAUGAAGGCCAAGUUUUCAAGACCGAAAAUGACACUAGCAAGAGCAAUGAUGAUAAUGAGAAUGUUGAAUUUGACUAUGAAUCAAAUCGGUCGCCAUUUCCCGAGGUUAGGGCUGUUGUCCCCGAAACGGACGACCCAGGUCUUCCAGUGAACACAGUUCGCAUGUGGCUACUGGGAAUCAUAUUUACAAUCCUCGGCUCUGGAGUCAACCAAUUCUUCUCACUUCGCUACCCCAGCGUCCACAUUGUAUCCCUAGUGGCAGAGCUACUAGCUUACCCAUGCGGCGUCUUCCUAGCAAAGACCCUCCCAACAACCCCAAUCAAACUCGGCCCACUGGGCACAUUCACUUUGAAUCCGGAUCGUACCUUCAACAUCAAAGAGCACACAGUCAUCGUGAUAAUGAGCAACGUCUCCUUCGGCUACGGAAGCGCAGACUCAACAAACAUAAUCCAAGCCUCAAGCAAAUCCUUCUACAAUUUCGGCUUGAAAGCCGGAUUUGAUGUAUUAAUCGUCCUCUGCGCCCAGCUCCUCGGCUUCGGAGUCGCAGGCCUAGCCGCCCCAUGGCUCGUCGAGCCAGCAAGCAUAAUCUGGCCAGGCGUGCUAUCAAAUUGCGCAAUGCUCGAAACCCUACACUCACGCGCGAACUACAUAGCAGACGGCUGGCGAAUCACCCGACUACGCUUCUUCCUCUACGUCACAGCCGGAGGCUUCAUCUGGUAUUUCUUCCCAGGACUGAUGUUCACAGCCCUGAGCUACUUCACCUGGGUAUGUUGGAUCGCACCCAAGAACGUCAUCGUCAACCAGCUCUUCGGCAUGCAAACCGGUCUCGGCUUGAGUCCAAUUACCUUUGACUGGAGCCAGGUGGCAUACAACACAAACCCGCUCCUGUCGCCGUCUUGGGCGGCAUUGAACGUCUUCUUCGGAUUCGCCUUCUUCUACUGGAUCGUCGUGCCGGCACUGUACUACACGAACGUCUGGUUCACGGCGUAUCUGCCGCUCAUGACGAGCGAUGUCUACGACAGAACAGGCGCCGUGUACGACACCGCGCGAGUCAUCGCAGCCGAUAACAGUCUGGACGUCGCUGCAUACCGGCAAUACUCGCCCCCCUUCCUAGGCGCCACAUUCGCUUUCGUGUAUGGUCUCUCCUUCGCCGCAAUCACGUCCGUGUUAACCCACAUUGGUUUCUGGCAUGCGAAAGAUCUCUGGGCGGCGCUGCACGGCCGCAACAGACUAGAUAUCCAUGCGCGUCUUGUCCGCGCCUCAUACAGAUCAACACCGUGGUAUUGGUACGCGGGAAUCAUCGUCGUGAUUACUGCCAUCGCCAUUGCUGUCGUCGAGGUCUACCACACCCAUCUACCUGUCUACGGUGUCUUCCUUGCACUCGUCAUCCCGGUCGUGUAUAUGAUCCCCUGCGGUAUCGUGCAAGGAAUAACGAACGUUGACGCAAACCAGCUGAAUGUCCUGUCUGAGUUCAUGGGUGGAUACCUGUUUGAAGGCCGGCCGCUUGCGAAUAUGAUUUUUAAGAUUCUUUCAACGGACGUCGUUGGACAGGGCGUUUACUUCGCCAUGGAUAUGAAAUUGGCGCAUUAUAUGAAAGUCCCGCCUAGGACUACUUUUGUCGCGCAAGGGGUUGCUACUAUCCUUGGUGCUCUUACUCAGACAGGCGUCACCCUUUGGAUGCUUUCGAAUAUCUCGGGCAUCUGUGAAUCAGAUCAGUCGGAUGGGUUUUCGUGUCCGAAUGGCCGCACUGUCUAUUCUUCGUCUGUGAUUUGGGGACUUGUCGGUCCGCGUAGGUUGUAUUCUGCCGGCAAGAUUUAUUCCUCUCUGUUGCAUUUCUUCUGGAUUGGAGCUGUGGCGCCUGUUGUCACGUGGGCGUUGUAUAAGUAUACGCGUCGCGAUUUCUUCAAGUGGAUUAAUUGGCCGUUGAUUUUCGUGGGGACUGCGAAUGUUCCUCCUGCCACUGGAAUUAAUUAUUCAAGCUGGGCGCUUGUCAACUUCGUGUUCAACUAUGUCUUCCAACGGAGGUACUUUGCCUGGUGGACAAAGUACAACUAUGUUUUGGCUGCCGCUCUUGAUACGGGUCUUGCGCUCAGUGGUAUAGUCAUCUUCUUCUGCAUUUCGUACCCUGGUGCUCAAUUCCCAUCGUGGUGGGGAAAUACGGUGUAUCUCAACACUGCUGACGGUCAGGGUGUGGCCUACAUGGCCAUGCCUGAAUCGGGGUAUUUUGGGCCAGCUAAUGGCACUUGGAGCUAG